CCAGAAUAUUAACGGCAAAAAUAAAGAAAAACCAAAUAAAUAAAUAAAACAAAACGAAAAGAAGGAGUUGCCUACCUUCGCGUUCAAAAAAUUCCCUUUCUCACACCUAUACGUUUUAAACACACCCCUACAAAGCGCCCUUCUCUAUAAAGCAAACGACCGUCGCCGUUUCUGUGGAUAGCAGCUGCUGUUCAUUCCAAUCUUCCGGCGGGGGUGCGGUGCGCCAUGGAGAUAACUCCUUCUCCAAUCGGUUCCUGCAACAAAGAGUUCCAGAAGAUCUACCAGGAUUGGUUCAACUACGCCGAUUCAGAUGGAGACGGUAGAAUUACUGGCACCGACGCCAUUAAAUUCUUCGGCAUGUCGAAUUUGCCUCGUCCCGAUCUUAAACAGGUGUGGGCUAUGGCGGACACCAAGAGGCAAGGAUACCUUGGCUUUAAAGAGUUCGUUGCAGCUAUGCAGUUAGUCACCUUGGCACAAUCUGGGAAGGAGAUAUCAAGUGAAAUCCUGCACAGCGAUGUUGAUUUUGAAAAUGUGCCUCCUCCCAUGAUGGAAGGUUUAGCGGAGCUUUUGGCUAAGAAAAAGAGGUCGACCUCCAGAUCAACUGAUUUUGAUGCUAAUGGUAGUCCUCCGGUUGAAACCUCACCUUCGGUACGUUGGUUUUCUUCUACGAAAUCUGCAAAGAAGGUCCCACUAUCCUCGGUGACAUCCAUAAUUGAUGGUUUGAAGAAGUUGUAUCUUCAAAAGCUGAAACCAUUGGAAGUUGCUUACCGCUUUAAUGAUUUUGUAUCUCCACUAUUGACAAAUAGUGAUUUUGAUGCCAAGCCCAUGGUUAUGCUAUUGGGCCAGUACUCCACAGGGAAAACAACAUUCAUAAAACAUCUACUUAAAAGUAGCUAUCCUGGAGCUCAUAUUGGACCUGAACCUACCACGGACAGAUUUGUGGUGGUUAUGUCUGGACCAGAUGAGAGAAGUAUUCCAGGCAAUACUGUGGCAGUUCAGGCAGACAUGCCAUACAGUGGACUAACAACUUUUGGAACUGCAUUUCUGUCGAAAUUUGAAUGUUCUCAAAUGCCGCAUCCUCUGCUGGAGCAUAUCACAUUUGUAGACUCACCUGGAGUGUUAUCUGGAGAAAAGCAACGAAUCCACCGGUCUUAUGAUUUUACUGGUGUGACGUCAUGGUUCGCUGCUAAGUGUGACCUUAUUUUGCUUCUCUUUGAUCCUCACAAACUUGAUGUUAGUGACGAGUUCAAGCGUGUCAUUUCAUCUCUACGUGGGCAUGAUGACAAGAUUAGGGUGGUUCUGAACAAGGCAGACCAAGUUGAUACGCAGCAACUAAUGAGAGUUUAUGGAGCCUUGAUGUGGUCAUUGGGGAAAGUCCUCAAUACUCCUGAAGUUAUGCGUGUCUAUAUCGGCUCAUUCAAUGAUAAACCAGUAAGCGAAAAUGCUGUUGGGCCACUUGGGAAAGAGCUUUUUGAGAAAGAACAGUCUGACCUUCUCUCUGAUCUAAAAGAUAUUCCCAAGAAGGCUUGUGAUCGAAGAAUCAAUGAAUUUGUGAAGCGUGCACGGGCUGCAAAAAUACAUGCUUACAUUAUUAGCCACCUUAAGAAGGAGAUGCCAUCCAUGAUGGGUAAAGCAAAGGCUCAGCAAAGACUAAUCGAUAAUUUGGCAGACGAAUUUGGAAAGGUUCAGAGGGAGUUUCACUUACCUCCAGGUGAUUUCCCAAAUGUAGAGCAGUUCAAGGAGGUUUUGAGCGGGUACAACAUCGACAAGUUUGAAAAGUUGAAGCCCAAAAUGAUCCAAGCUGUUGAUGACAUGCUCGGGUACGACAUCCCUGAUCUCUUGAAGAACUUCAGAAACCCUUACGACUAAGAGGAAUACACCUCUGGAUCAUGGCAGCAUGUAUGAUUCUCAAGUUCACCGCCGAUCGAGUCUCGCCGGCCGGAGUAAAAAAGCCAAAUGUACGUACGUACGUACGUUAUUUGUCGGCAUUGGACCUGCAGACGAUUGCCCACUCCGACAAACUGACCGACGCCUGGCUCUUCUCCCAGUUCCGGCUGAAAGACGAAGCCUCGAAAUCUCCUCUCGGCGAACCCGCCGCGAAGCUCCCAAUCUCUUCGUCCAUCCGCCGCGCCGGCGAUUUCUUCCCCUGAUGAUUCCGCUGAGUAGUCCUCCUGCUGCUGUUGUUGUUGAACCUUAUGUUGUUGUUUCCUCCUCCCCUGUAAUUCCAAUCCUCCCCUGCCACGAAGCUCUCCUCCACUUCCUCCAUCCUCCCAUUCGCCGACUUCCUUGCCGCCCCUCCGCCUCCGCCGCCGACGCCGAUUUCCUCCCUCCGCCCUUAUUCAUCCAUUCCUUGGGCGAACCGAUGAAACUCUCCUCCUCAAUAAUAGCUCUGGCGACGGCGGGCGGCUUCCGGCCGGAGUGCUUCCCUCCUCCGCCGGCGCCUGGGUAGUUGGACAGGCUGUUCGACUUCCUGUGAUUCCCACCUCCGCCGGCGUGACGGCUCAAUUCUACUUUAUCCUGAUCCCCUCGCUUCCCGGGGGGAGACCGGUUUGGGUCUGUGGCGCCGGAUGUUAUCGGAAUCGGCA